UUUGGAUUAUUUGCAAACGUAUUAACAUUUGACAGUCAGAAAGUGAAACUGUUUACAUUAGACCUCAUUUGUCGCAGGCUGUGGUGUUAAGUGUACUUGUUUUUCUGUUUAGGGUUGCCAUAGCCUCAUGACUCUUGGCUCUGGCAGUUAUCAUGUUACAAACCAGCACGUUCACUCCCGUGGUGGUGAUGUCUCAAACGAAAGAGACACCACAAAAGCCCUUCGAGAAAACUCCACCGAGCAAAGCAAGCAGGUUUUACCUUUUAAGUUCUCGCUAUGCCAGCGUCCAACCAGGGCUGGCCAGAGGAGUUUGGCUUUCAGAUAGGGGGACAUGGACCGAGCUACAUCCUGACAGUGGAGGAGGGAAGCAGUGCUCAGCUGUCUGGACUACAGCCUGGAGAUCAGGUCUUGGAGAUUGAAGGCCAAAAUGUUUCCAGUCUGAGUGCUCAGGAGGUCAUUGCUCUUGCCCAGUCACAACGAAACAUCCCACCUAGUAUUGGAGUAGUUUCACGCAUCCAACAGAUGGACAUCACUCCAGGCCCUGAUGGCCGUUUUGGAUUCACUAUAGUAGGAGACUGUCCACUGUUGGUGGAGGAUUGUUCACCCUGUUCUCCAGCGGGCCGCAGUGGACUUAGAGCUGGAGAUUAUGUCAUGGAGGUCAACGGGAUCCCUGUGAAGCACCAUGAGAUGGCGGCCGCUUUGAUAAAGGCCUCUCAGGGCCGGACGCUACGUCUUGGGGUGCUGUGUAUGGGCAGCCGGCAGAAACGCAGCAGCGGCAGCCUGGAGGGUUUACAGAAAGAUACUGACGGCAUGCGCCAGGACCGCAAACACAAGGCCCUGGAGUUUAACAGAAGGGUCGAGGAGAUUUUGAGGAAUGAACCGGAGGUGAAGGAGAAACUGUUUGCUGUGCUGAAGCAGUUUGCUGCAGAGAGGAAAGUGGACUGGCUCGCGUCGGUUCUUCCUGACAUCCUGACAACCGAAGAGCAGCAACAGCUCAUCUCCAACAUCAGGAUCUUCAUCCCCAAGAAGCAUCGGCAGCGCUUCGACGAGGCCGUUUCUCAGAGUCUCAUCAACCGCAUGUGCCGUAGCAAGAGUUUGGGUGAGCCCCAAAACAGACUGCGUCGGAGCCGAAGUCAAGACCACCAUGAGCGUCCUCAAGGAUCCAAAAGGGCCAGCUCUGUGCCCAGAGAUACCGGUGAUGAGCCUGCCCAAAAUGACCGUACCCUCAGGAAGAGCAACACCAUGAUUCCUACCCAAUAUGUCUCUGGAGUCAACCAGAGAACCAUCCGUGUGUACAGGGGGAAGAAGAGUUUUGGCUUCACUCUGAGAGGUCAUGCUCCUGUGUGGAUCGACUCAGUAAUGCCAGGGAGUCCAGCUGAAGCAUGUGGCCUUAAAACAGGAGAUCGCAUAUUGUUCCUUAACGGGCUCGAUAUGAGGAACUGCUCCCAUGAGAAGGUGGUGUCGAUGCUGCAGGGCAGUGGUGCGAUGCCCUCCCUGGUGGUGGAGGAGGGUCCUGUGGAUUAUCCUCAGUCCGAUUCAGAACCAGAGGAAACCCCCAGCGCCCCCCGCUCACGCUCCCCAGCCCUCAGCUCUCUGCAGUGGGUGGCUGAGAUCCUUCCUCCCAGCAUUCGCGUUCACGGCCGUACCUUCAGCCAACAGCUGGAACACCUGCUCACCCUGCAGGAGAGAUACACCAUCUGCAAAGCUCUGGAGACCUUCUUCCAGCACAGGAAUGUGGACACUCUCAUUGUGGAUGUGUUUCCUGUGCUGGACACUCCAGCCAAACAGCUGAUCUGGCAGUUCAUUUACCAACUGCUGACCUACGAGGAGCAGGAGCACUGCAAGACCAAGAUCGCCCGGUUCCUGGGCUUCAAGAGUGCAGAACCAGAGGUGGGUGCAGAAACACACAGGCGGAGCAGCUCUAUGCGGGUUUCAGGUACCUCUCACAAAAACACUGUGAGAGAGAGAAGCUCCGAUGACUGCAUUAUUGGCACUCACCUUGGAAUGGGAACAUUCACUGACCCCGUGACUCCAGAGGAAAGACAGUGUGGGGAUGGAACUUCCUUCCCAGAGUCCCCAGAUCUCAGCCACAUGACAGGAGUUUACACAGAGCUCGGGAACGUGUAUCCUGUGAAGAGCAGCCAGUCUCUCCAGAGUCACUCAUCACCCAGGGCUGCUGGCAUGGGCCUCGCUGAGAGCAAUACAUACACUCAGUCUUUCACACACAGCACCGCAGGGAACCGUAAGUCAGGCCUCUCGCUUACAUGGACUGAUUCCUUUCCUGGGCCUCAGUUUGAGACUUACCAGCAGACUGUUGCUUCUCCAGACAGUGUGGACUCUAAUCCCUAUGUCAGUUUGGACAGCCCCCCUGCCUCUCCUCUGCCUUCUGAUGAACUCAGUCCUCUGCCCCAGCGCAGAAAGCUAUUCACCUUCUCACGUCCACCUCGCAGCAGAGACACAGACAAGUUUCUGGAUGCCCUGAGCGAGCAGCUGGGUCACCGAGUUAAUAUUGUGGAUGACUUCAAGGGCGGAGAGAAUGACUAUGAGGAGAUGAGUUUCCAGGAUGAACAGGAAGUGAACAUGCUGCCUCACGAGUUAAGCAGUGCCAGCAGUGAAGACCACAGCAGCAGUGACGACUCCACCUCAGUGUCCUACUCCUCCGGCUCUGACCACAUCCCUCCUCCACCACAGAGUCCUCCACCUCCACCACCUCCCCUUCAGUUCACAGACUCACCCUCUCCCCUUCCCAUCACCCCAGAGCACCUGCCCCAACCUCCCCCAGCCUUUCAGCACCAUCCGAUUAUAGCCCCACCACCACCUCCACCUCGCCCCUUCCUUGCCAACCGCCCCUCACUACACAAGGUUCUGCCCACCAGGGAGGAGCUCAGGGCUCAACACAGCCAUCCCCGACGCUCUUCACCCCAGCCGAGCAGUCAACCUAUUCUCCAGUUACACCAACCGAAGGCUCAUCCCAUCCUACAGUCAUCCCCACACACCUCCCCUCAACCCCCGCAUACAAGUGCACAACACACUCGCCUCCAACACCCCAGCCAAUCCAUUUACCAGAGCCAGCAGACUACUGUUCCCAGAACCUCCCCCAGCUUGACCAAACAGAAAAGCCUCCAUUCCCAACCUUCUCAACAAAGCUUUGAAGGCACACUGUCAAGCAAGGUUCCCCCUCCUCCACCUCCUCCUCUACCCCCACCUUGUGAUCCUCCACCUUUACCCAAACCCAGUCCGAAAGCCUCUGACAACAAUCACAUGAGUGUGAAGAGAUUGCGCUGGGAGCAGGUGGAGAACUCUGAAGGAACUAUCUGGGGACAGCUUGGAGAUGAUCCGGACUAUCAUAAACUCAGUGACAUGGUCAAGUACUUGGAUCUGGAUUUGUACUUUGGCACACAGAGGAAUUCCAUCUCUCUUCCAGAGCCCACCUUCCUGCCCGAGAACUUAAAAAAGAAAGACGUGGUUGAGAUUCUCUCCCAUAAAAAGGCCUACAAUGCCUCGAUCCUCAUAGCGCAUCUGAAGCUGGCCCCGAAAGAGCUGCGGGACAUCCUCAUGACCAUGAGCACUGAGCGUCUGGAGCCCGCACACAUUAAACAACUGUUGCUCUACGCUCCCGAUGACGAAGAGGUCAAACAGUUUCAGCAUUACGACCAGGACCCUGCUAAACUCAGCGAACCCGACCAGUUCGUCCUACAGAUGCUACUAGUUCCUGAGUAUAAAACCAGACUGAGGAGUCUUCUUUUUAAGACCACUGUGCAGGAGAAAACAGAAGAAAUGAGAGCUGCGUAUGAAUGCAUAUACAAAGCCUCAUUAGAGCUCAAAAACAGCAAGAGGUUGGCCAAGAUCCUUGAGUUUGUUUUAGCAAUGGGAAAUUAUCUGAAUAAUGGUCAGCCCAAGACCAAUAAAACAACAGGAUUCAAAAUUAACUUCCUAACAGAGCUAAACACAACUAAAACAGUUGAUGGAAAGUCAACUUUCCUCCAUAUCCUUGCCAAAUCACUCUGCCAACACUUCCCAGAACUCCUCGGCUUUUCCAGGGACCUCAUAACAGUGCCAUUAGCUGCCAAAGUCAAUCAGAGGACCAUUACUGCUGAUCUCAGUGACGUUCACUCCACCAUCCAGGACAUAAGAACCGCCUGUGUGAAAAUCCCAGCUACAGCAGAGGAUCGAUUCGCAGCCGUCAUGAGUAGCUUUCUGGAAAACUGUCAUCCAGCGGUUCAAUCCCUCGACUCCUUGCAGCAAAGAGCGAUGGACGAGUUUCAUAAAGUGGCCUCUUACUUUGGAGAGGACAGUAAGGUCACAACCACAGAGACCUUCUUCGGCAUCUUCGCUGAGUUCAUUUCCAAAUUUGAGAGAGCACUGAGUGAAACACAAGGAACAGAAAACCCCAAAAGCCCACGAAUCGCCUCACCGCUGGCAUGGUGAAAACCCUCGACAUCUGCAGAACGCCCAUGUGCCAAUAACAAGGAGAAUCUGAUAAUGUGGAAGGAAACAUCAUUACUUUAAAUAUCUUAGAUGAAUCAACAAUAUCUUUAAAAUAAAGAACAUACUUCUAUAUUUUAUACAAUGUUUCAGGUGUUAUAUAAACUAUAUUAAUAUAAGAUAACUAUCAAUGAUUUAGUUUUGAGAUUUCCCGCUGCUAGAGAAGGUGAUCACUUUAGGUGGAUUGAUGGUAUUUUUGAUGGUUUAUUUUGGUACCGAGGUGAAUGAAUGUCUUCAUGAUGAACUUACUCAUCCUCAAGCCAAAUGUAUUGUAACACACACACACACACACACACACAAUUCUUCACAGUAUAAGUGUUUAUUGUUGUACUCCAUUAUGAUAGAACAAGAGUCGCCCUUCAUAUGGGGAGAGAAAAUGAUUUUCAAGCUCACUGAUCAAUUGUAAUAUUUUGCGAGACGUCAUAAAAUUGGUUUCGGCUAUGAAAUAAAGAUGCUGAAGUUUGACAUGAUGAAAGGAUGGAAGUGUAAACAUAUCAUCUGUGUUCAGUAUGUAGCUUUGUCAGAUUUUUAGGUAGCUAGCUGCUGUUGUUUAAGGUUACAUAAUGCAUUUCUUCCUGAUGUCUUCUGUUCUGAACAAAUGCAUGAUUUUCCUUAUUGCCGGUCUUUGCGUCAUCUGUGUGGGUUUCUUUCUCCAAGUCAACAUUUCUUUAAAUCAAAGAUGAUCUAUGAGGAGAAAAGUCUACAGUUUGCAUGUAGCAGAGUAUUUUUAUGUAACGUGUUUCUGUAUAUUGAUUUGUUAUAUUGAACAUGUUCUACCAAAUUAAUUAGUUGUAAAUGAAUAUUUGUGUACAAAUUGUUGCUGUGACUAGCCUAGUGUUUUCCUGAGCAGUUCUAUAUCGCCUUUAAUAUCAUCGGGCUACAUAAUGAAGCGUUUUAAUGAGAUGUCUAAUUUGUUUUGCCUGAAUAAAUACGCUUUCACUGACAA